GAAGAAUAAAUUAAUCAAAAAUAAAUGUAAGAAACAGCCAUUCCUUAAAAACUAAAGCAGUUCUCCGGAACUGAAGGGCCAUUAAAAGACUUUAAUAGAUCCGUUAGCUUAUUGUGCUAGUGCUAACAAGCUAAAACUAGCAUGUUGCUUCACUCCUGAUGGUUUCCAUGUAUGUUGUAUUUAUUUAUUUUAUGUUUUAUCGUGCACUUUAUUUGAAAAUGGUUUUGUCUUUGCUGAUUCGUGGCGCUGCCUGCUGACCGUGUUUGAGUCUCGGUACAUUUUAAACGAGCCAGAGAUUAGAACCGGGCCCACAACAGAUCCGUUUCUACUCCUUAACCCGGGACACCGUCAUCAGUGUAGCCGUUGCUAGGUAACCAGUCCCUCUCAGCACGUUUACCAAUGACGUCGUUCCAUGGCAACAGGCCAACGCGUCUUAGCAACUGCCAGUUAGACCUGAAGAAGAAAGUUCGUCCAUUUUUGCUUGCAUCUCAUCCAGAACCAAAAUCCAGAAGGGGAAGCGGAACACAGAGGUAAACACGGUGGUAACGCUAACACAGUUCGGAGGAAACCCGAUUGGGUUCGGUACUUUGGUGCCGAAUUAAUGAAUCCGGAAGGGAACUGGUUCUGGUUCUGUUUGCUCUCAGGUUAGCUUUAGCCGUAACUGCUUCCGGCUUGUUUUACAUCAUGUCUCUCUAAAUAUGAUUUUGCUCAUGAGUUGCUGGGCUGAUCGGAACAUUUCGCCUCCUUAUGACGCUGAUUGUUAUCCGAACUAUGAUCUCCUUUAUGGAUCAUAAAACUGGAUUAUUGGAUUAUUGCUGUUGAUGCUGGAGCGAAGGAAGGAGCUCCUGUAGAGGUCAGUGUUGCAGACACUGCUGAACCCUCUGAAUGAAGAUGCUCAACUUGUUUCUACUCGAUCGUCUCCAGAGGCACCAGUUACCAUGGUAGCCGUUCUCAACAGCCGUUACCAUGGUAACAGAGACCGGUAGCUGAAAGGAGCUGGCUGUAAACGUCAUGUCAGUAAAUUUCUGUAACUCCGUCAUCUGAUGAUUUCAUACGUUAUAAACCAGUUUUCUGUUCAUUAUGAUUUUACAUCAGACCAAUAAAAUGAAACUGGUUCUGUAAGCUGCCAAACGGGCCUGAACAGAACCUGGCUCUGACCCAGCGAGGCUGUAAAUGGUGCUGCCCAGAGGAUGAGGAUGAGGUCUUUAACCUUUACCCUGAGGUUAAAGCUCCACCACAAGCUAAAGAUAUUAUUUCAGAUUCCCAGGUUCUCUCCGUGGUGCGUUCACUGACCAGGUUUUCAGUGUGGUGCGUUCACUGACCUUGGGAGCGUGGGAUGGAUGAGACCCUGAAGCCACUGAGGAUUCCUCCUCAGAUCAGCGUCUACGCAGACAAACACAACGUGUCCCACCUGGUGGAGAGCAUGGUGACCAGCUUGGUGAUGGAGCAGCCAGACGAUCCGAUCUCCUACCUCAUCACCUUCCUGCAGAGGCUCAGCCUGGACAAUCCCAGGGUGCUGCUGCUCGGCCCGCCUGCUGUCGGCAAACACAUGCUGGCGAAGACGCUGAGUAAUGAACUGAGAGCCGUUCACCUGACCUCCGAGAGUUUGCUGAAGGGACUCAGUGAGGAGGAAGAUUCUUCUGAGGUUCUGGUCCAACAGCUGCAACAGAGACUGAAGGAGACCGACUGCUUUCACAAGGGCUGGGUGCUGGUUGGGAUUCCUCAGACCCGUGUCCAGGUUCUGCAGCUCCAGCGGGCCGGAAUCAUCCCAGAACACGUCGUGAUGCUGGACGCUCCGGAGGAAGUUCUGCUGCAGAGGAACCACGGCAAGCUCACUGACCCGGUCACUGGAGACGUCUACCAUCAGCUCUUCGUCCAGCCAGAGAACGACACCAUCAGACGGCGCCUGGAGAGGGGGCGGGGCCUUUCUGAGGAGCAGCUAUUGGCCGAGGUGCAGCGCUUCCGCUGUGAAGUCACAGCUCUGAAAUCGGCCUAUCAGCACGUCCUGAAGGUCUUCAACGCCGACCAGCCUCCUGCUGACGUCUACCAGCAAGCUCUGACCUUCGUCCAGACCCGACGUCACUUCAGAACUCCAAGAAUAGUUCUGGUGGGCCCGUCGGGGUCCGGAAAGAGCCACCUGGCCCGGCUGCUGUCUGAGAAGUACAAACUGGUGGAUGUGAGCUGCGGCGGCCUGCUCCGGUCGGUGGUCUCUGACGGUUCUGCUCUGGGAGCUCAGAUUCAGCUCUACAUGGAUGUCGGCCGCCCAGUCCCAGAUUCCCUGCUGAUGCCGGUUCUGGAGGCCCGUCUGAGCCGGGUGGACUGCAGCUGCAGAGGAUGGAUCCUGCACGGUUUCCCCUGCGACAUGCAGCAGGCCAAGAGCCUACACGAGUCCCAGUACCAGCCCAACAGAGUCUUCUUCCUGGAGGCCAGCGAUGACGUCUGCAUGCAGCGGCUCUCCCUCAGAGGAACCGACCCCGUCAGUGGCGAGAGGUAUCACGCCGUGACCCAACCGGCCCCCAGCUCUGAGGUCCAGGACCGGCUCCGGACGGCUCCGUACGACGGCAGCGGGGCGCUGACCCAGAGGCUGAGACGGUUCAGGCUCAACUACGAAGGCCUGCAGACUAUGUAUCCAGAUGCUCUUCACCUGGACGCCGACCAGGACCCACACACUGUGCUGGAGUCUCUGGAGAGCCGCCUCUACACCAACUGACACCUGGACUCACCUGGACUCACCUGGACUCACCUGGACUCACCUGGACAAGCAGCUGGACUGAGCUGAGAACACCUGAGUCUACCUGGACUUGGUUGGGCAGAAUGAAGGAACUUGAUGUUAUAAGUUGUUUGGUUUUUAAUAAAAUCAUUGUUCUGCUGA